AUGGUGCGGAGUGUGGCUGCCGCCCCCCCGGCUCGUACCUGCGCGUACGCCGCGAUGCGCACCUCCGCUUCGUCGCGCCGCGGAAACAGCAGGUACCUCGCGCUCCGCACGGCCAUAGCUCAGUGCGCGCGCUCUCUCGCCGCCAGUGGUAGUGUAUGUAGUGUGCGGACGCAAGUGCGCGAUCUGCAAGCAUGGUGGUGGCUAGCUGGUGAAGUGUUUAUAAAAGUGCAUUGGCUGACAUACGACAUGUCCUGUGAUAGGAGAACAAGGGCCGCGCGUUUCCUCGAUCUGCGGUACAAGAGCGGGGUGCGCUCAGUGAGGGGCGGGGGCGGCGGCGGCGGCGGCGCAGAGGAGGCGCGGCGCAGCGGCCUCAAGGCGCUGCCGAAGCGCGCCCGCACUCGCUGCAGGGGCAUGAACAUGGGGCAAAAGCUCUCCGGCGGUGUCAAGUCGGUGUCGCGCGAUUGCACGGCGCCGUUCAAGGCGGUGGUAGCCCGCGAGCUGGCACCUGAGCCUCCGCGGCCCGCGCGCCUCGACGCGCUAUUGGACGCGCCACCAGCGCACCCUGAGCAACAGCUCAAACAUGCGUGGAACCCAGAUGACAGAUCAUUAAAUAUAUUCGUUAAAGAAGAAGACGCGUUAACGUUUCACCGGCAUCCUGUAGCACAGAGCACAGAUUGUAUAAGAGGGCGGGUCGGGUACUCCCGAGGACUACACUGCUGGGAAAUAGUAUGGCAAGUGAGACAACGUGGCACACACGCAGUGGUGGGCGUUGCGACGGCACACGCGCCUCUACACUCCGUGGGCUACCAAAGCCUAGUAGGCGCGACAGACCAGAGUUGGGGAUGGGAUUUGGGCAGAAAUAAGGUAUACCACAAUGCGAAAGGCACGGGCGGAAAUGGUACGACGUACCCGUCGCUGUUGCGGCCCGACGAGCAGUUCUUAGUGCCGGACCGACUACUGGUGGUGCUAGAUAUGGACGAGGGUACGCUCGCAUUCUGCGCGGAUGGACGUUACCUGGGCGUGGCUGCGCGCGGACUACGCGGCAAAACGUUAUACCCCAUAGUAUCUGCCGUGUGGGGACACGCGGAGAUCACCAUGAAGUAUAUCGGCGGACUAGAUCCUGAGCCGCUGCCUCUGAUGGAAUUGUGCCGGCGUGUGAUCCGCCAGCGCGUGGGUCGCGUGCGGCUGCGUCACGCGGCGUCGCGUCUCUCGCUGCCGCCCGCGCUCACCGCAUACCUGCUCUACCGCGCGCCAUAACAUGCGCGCCACGUGCAUCACCACCACCAUCACUACACAGCCCCCGCCCCCGCACCCGCCCCGCGCACGCCCGACCGAUAGAUCUGCACUGUACAAAUAGUAUGCGAACCUCUUUAUUUUUAUACAGUCCAAUCGCCAAACAGAAUUCCGUACGUUAACCUUUGUGCCUAUGCGAGUCAAAUAAGAAAAUGACUGUCAAACGGUCGUCUUCGUUCGCAUUGCGCUUCAAGUUCAACCACCACCACUACACAGAACCGGCCGACCGAUAGUACUGUAUUGUACAAAUCAAGUAUUAUGCGUACCUCUUAAUUUUUAUAUAGUCCAAUCGCCAAACAGAGAAUUUCGUUCGAUAAGCUUUGUGUUUAUUAUGCAAGUCGAAUAAGAAAUGGGGACUGACAAACAUCCAUUUUAGUUCGCAUUACGCUUCAAAUUCAGAGUGUAAGGUGUGCAAAAAGAAACUAUAUUAUUUACUUUUGUAAUUGACCCCGAAAUUGAACAUAAUAUGUCUAUUAAGCUAGGUGAAUCUAAAUAAAUAUUUAGCAAACUUAAUUUUCUUUGCUGCCAGUACUAAUACAACAGCAAAGCCCUGAAGUUGGUAGCAAUCCCGAUCCUAUUCUUAUUGGACACGCAUACUGUUAGAUAUCAUAAACAAUUUAUAUUUACUAUGACAAAAUUAUAAUAAAUAAAUACAAUAACCAUACAACAACAAUAUGUUUACGCACGAGUGGAAGAUUGUAAUCCCGGGUUAUUAUAAAAAAUCUCUGUUCGGCGACUGCACAAUAGUAUCUACACGCAUAACAUGGCGAACUCGAAGCACUCGAGACACAUUUUAAAUGUAGACAUAAAUACCGUUUCUAGAGGUCAUUGUGCUACAUGUGCAGGUGUUACUUUGCGGAAAUCCAUAACGAUUGUAGAACUAAUAUACUGCCCUCCAAGAGGAAAAGCGGUCUCUCAAAAAAAGAAAGUUUAUUACCGCUUUUUAUCUUGUAUGGACAGUUAAUCUCUUUAUAUUUUUUUGACGCAUUUUUUUAUAGUGAAGCUGUAUACACUUUUUAACUAGCCACAUCUAUGCGUGUUUCUGAAUUUCGUUUUGUAAAACCAUUUUUAUAUACACAGGUGGUUUAAUUAAGACGUUGAUGAAACCGUUCCUAUGAGACUAUCCAUGACUUUUUAAGAUAAUUAUGAAGUGCAUUCCCAGGUUUUGGAUCUAACUUUUCCAAAAUCUGUGAAUGCAAUUCAUAAUAUGUUAAAACAUUAAGGAUGGUCUCCUAGGAACUAUUUCAUGUAACUUUGCCUUUACUAUCGCGUCUCAUAAAUCCACCUGUAUAAUAUCUAUCUUGAACGCAUUUAACUUGAUAUGUAUUAGAAACAGAUGAUAUUCGGAAGGUGUUAUAUAAUUAUUCGAUGUAUAUAAAAAUGUAUCCUGUUUUAAGUACAACAUAAAAAGGCCUUAAAGUUAAGACGAGAAUGAAGCGAACAGUCCAAAAGAAUAAAUUUUUAAUGUUGGGGUUGCAAUAUACUCGCUUUCUGAUACUCUAUCCCUUCCUUGCAUACAAGACAACUUAAGUUUCCUCAGGUAGGUGUAAUAGUUUGAAAUUGUAAUUGGUUGACGCGAGCUCUCGCUCUAGAAAUAGUUUGUGCAAUAAAAGAGAUCGGAUCGGAGAAACAAAAGAAGCUUAUAGAUGUGGUUAGUGUGUAAUGCGGAAGCGAUUCCAGAAUCGUGAAUUACAUAAAUACUCUUGACUUCGACGAUGCUUUCAUACAGCAGAACGACUAUGGUCUCUAUAAAAUGAAUGAAUCCUAUAUUUCACGAUUUUAGAAUUUCUCUCGUAUUCUAAUGAAACCAGAGGGUUUUUUAAAUUUUAUACAGACAAAGAAUAAUGUAGAAAUUGCUAUAAUUCCGUAGUUUUAAAUUUAUUUUCAAGGCUUAUAUUACUGCAAAUAUAUAUACAUAUAUAUAUGUACGACAAAAAUUGUGAAGGGUCGAAACUUUGUAAAUGUUAAUAUAUUUCAAGAAACUAAUAUUUAUAAAGUUAAUCGACCCUUUUGUAUUAUAAAUUGUCGUAUUAUAUGUAGUUUCUCGAAUAGAUAUUUUCUACAUGGAAAUCGGUGUACCUGUUCCCAAGUAACAAACCGUUAGAAGUUCCAUAUCGGAGAUAGACAGAAUGUAAUCCGACGUGGAAGAUAACAUGCAUACAUCACGUGUUUGUAAUUAUUUCAUUUUUACUUUUACAGUAUUUAAUCUUAUAAUCAUCAAAACAAAGUAUAAUUACAUUGCGUCCAUCUCUGUUCCUUUUUUUUUAAAUAAAUUCAAGUCGUUCCAUAUUUAAGUACCUAUACUCGAAUAUAUUUAACAGGAUUAUAAAUUUUGCUAUUACUAUGUGAUAUCGAUCGCGGAACCAUCUCAGUCUUCAGAACCGAUAUACCAAAACUGUUUUCGUAACGAAUGAGUAAAAUUAUUCAUGAGUUUACCUACUGCGUGCCGACAAAUACACGAUUGGUAUAACAGUUAUUAGAUAUAUAGUUAUUUUUACAUGAACUGCAACGAUUCCAACUCGAAUUACCCUUUUUUUACUUUUAAAUAUUAUCUGUGAUAGUUAUACUUUAAUGACAAUUAUCGGCUACGAUACUGAAUUGAAUGCAUCAUUUCUGUGGUAUAGUCACGUUGACGAAUAUGAAUUUUGAUCACUAUAAAUAAAUGAGUGUAUACAUAAUUGUUUGAUCAGACUGACAUAAGUUUACUUCGAGGUCGGAUACCCUCGAAAGACGAGUCGUGUAGCGGUUGCGGCGUGCCCACUAUAAUCCCACACCGAGAGACGGUACGGGUACAAUUGACGGGCGAACUGUGGUACUAUAACUGUUACCGAUGAUAUCAAAUCUAUGGACGAUUCAUAAGCGAUUAUAAGUUAGGUGUCGAUCGAUUGCUAUAAUGGAACUAUUAUGUUUAACAUUUGUUCAAAUCUAAUGCAAACCGCACGCGUUUUUAAAAAGCCAUAUUGAUCUCUUAAAAUGCGAUCCCUGUUUUGACUAGUCCGUUAUCACAGUGAUGCGUAUUUUACUUGUUAAGAAAUAAUUUAGAAUGAACAACAGCAUGUUAUACAUAAAUCACGAGCCUCGGCGAUUACUAAUAACUUUAGAAUGUGAUUGUUCUUACAACAAUAGAGUUACGCGGACCUCGCCCGGUCCGCUCUAGGCCAGUGUAUCGUUGGCAAUCUUACAUAAAUACUAUUUUAUAGCUCAUUAAGUGACUGGUUUAUUAUUUUUUUUAGUUAGAAUUCUAAUUCCUAUUGUAAAAACGUGUGAGUGUGUAAUGUAUAUAUCUAAGACUAUACGUAUUGUAUCCGCAUGAAGUGAAUGUGUCACCCGGGGAUUAUUUUAGCUGUACAUUUCCAAACGUUAGUGUUUUAGAUUGGUAUAUUGCGAAUCUAUAUCUUCUCGAUAUGUCUUCUUUUGCAAAUUUUUAGACUAAUAGGUAUAAUGCAAUAAAUUAUGAAAAUAGUAUUUUCAAAGCACUGUACUAAUCGAAUAGUCAGCCAUUUUUGACCCAAAUUAGUUAUAUUGUAACCUCAUAAUGAUGUGUAAGUACUUCCAUUUUAAUAAGAUUUUUUCAUAAUGUAGAUUGUACGGCAAAGUAGAAAUCCCAUGUGGAGCUCACUUUUGUAAUGUGUCAAUAUUCACAUGAUACCUUUCGCCUUAAUAUUUUAUAGUCACACUAGUUUCGAUUGUGUAAAAUUGCAAGAGCCUACAUUAUUUUUUACUAAGCAUGAUGAAAAGUAUGAUUUGUAUAUUGACAUAGCGAAAAUGACUAUGAUAUACUGCCAAAUGCGAUGUAUGAACGAAUGGAAUGUUGUGUGCGAGCAUGAAACGAAUGCAUGUGUUGUAUGAAUGUUGACGUACGAGAGUGGAAUAUUUUCAAUGUGUAUGUAAAAGAUAUAAUCAUGAUACUAUAAAAUACACAAAGCUCGAUGUACCGUUGAUAUGGUCUUUUACACUAAACCUCUUCAGAAAGGACCAACACUGUCGUUUUAGAGACACCUAAUUAAUUUAGUUUUGUUUACAAACUUCCGUCUCCCGCAUUUCUCUCUAUAUCCAAAAAGCAUAGGGGUUUAAUGUAAAAGAUGAGAGAUAAAUAUUAGAAAAAGUAACCAUUUGAAAUCUAUGAACCGUCAAAUUUAGUCCUGUAUAUAAUAAAUAUAAAAUAUCAUUUUUGCGGUGUUUAAUAACUUUGUUAUAAGUGGAAAUGCAUUUUAGUUUUAUAAGUUGUAGGCAAUAUUUUUAAAAGGUCAUUCUAAUGGAUCACUGUGAUCGACAGUCGAAUCUCUUAGAUAACAAUGAUUUGAAAAAAAAAUAGGAAAAACGAUUGGAAUAAAUAUAACUGGUUAAGAAAAUAAUAAAUAAUAUGAAUU